UAUCAACUGUGGUAGACUUUGUACGUAAGUAUGAACCUACAAUGUGAACCUACGACAUUUCGUGGGUUGUAGAAGGAUGGUAGCUUACUUCCCCCAUGUAGGACAUCAUGAUACGUAAAGUAUGAAGUAAGAAGUAUUGCGUACUGUCCUCAAUGCCCGSACUCACCAUCACAUCUCGGUCAUCUGUUUCCUGUUUCCUCCCUUCAACCGAACGAAUGUAACAGCACAAGUGACUGAAUACCACCCGUUGCGCAUUUUCUUCUUUAGCAUCAAAACCAAAAGGUUGGAAGGCGUGGGACAAACGACCAAGAACCAAAAAAUACAUAUAUCCUCUUAAGAUUACAGAAACCCGAAAGCAAAACACAACGAGAAAGAAGAAAGGGAACCACGGGUGUUUUGUUUUCUGGCGUCUUUCUUGUUGAGGAAUCAACGCUACCUAAUUUUGAUUCCGGGUGAUACGAGUACGAAUUCUAUCCUAAAUUACCUUACCGAGCCCGUCAUGCAACGAGAACCUAUCUAUUGACGAAUACACACAUCCACACAUCAUUCAACACUGAAUCGACAUGGUAGCGUCCCAAAAACUUCGUAGAUCCAACGCCAACACUAGUCACAGCGGCGAUGCUGGCGGCAACAAACAAGGAUACCUCUCCAAGCACCAGCAGCAGCAACGCGAGAAAGCCGUCCAGAGCUACAGCGACACGAUGCGGAGGGACACAAAGGCGAUCGGGAAUGGAGUUUUUUGGCGGCUCUUUUUYCCACCGAUGGCGUGCGCAUUGAUCGGCAUUGUGUACGUUGUGAUGGGUGUGGUCGAGAUGAAGGCACCGGAGGCACAGCUGGAUCCACCAGAUUUCCGCAGCCUCCGAACGCAUUCGCCAGMUCAACACGCGUUGCCCAAGAUGAAYCCGUCCGGGGCCUCCAACACGACCGCCACGACUAACGCAGMUUYUGCCGCCACAACACAACAACAGUUGGACCUUCCGAAAUGGAUCACGGACUACGUCAAGUGGCACACGGAAAUGCGUGCYAAGUACCCUGGCAAGACACUCUUCACGUCGAAGGGAAAGGAUACUCCAAAGCUGCUCGUUAGGACCUGCCUUGGCAUCUGCGGCGGCCUCCACGACCGUCUCGGACAGCUCCCGUGGGAUCUGUACCUAGCGAUGCGGACCAAACGCGUCCUGCUGAUAGCCUGGCAACGGCCCCGGGAGCUGGAGCACUUUUUGGUGCCUCCCAUUAACGACGACGGCGAUGACAUCGAGAACAGCCACCAAGCGGCGGCAUUGGACUGGAGGGUCCCCGACUGCGAUAUGUUCGAGGACCAAAAUUGCGUUAAYUUUGGCUUCAAGGACAUCAGGAUCGUUCGCAGCAAGGUGAAGGAGCUCUUCGACGAUCAGCUCGAGGCGAAUCCAGGAGAGAAAAACUUUUGGAACGUCGGCUUCGAACGGGCCAUGGUCCGGGCSGGUGCCCCAYCGAGCCCGGGGGCAAUCACCUCUUACUUCUCGGAUAGCACGAACACAACGGAAGUCUUUCGGAAGGACCACAGAUACACCAUGGCCAAGAUCCUUCGGCACAGGCUGCUGGGGCACCUCGACGAGCACGUCCUGGAGGAACGUCUSGAACGCGAGGGCUACUACAAGGACGAGCCGCACUGGAAGCCAUCCGAUUUGCACAGCGCGCCAAGCUUUGGAGCCAUCUGGGACCUGUUCUUUCGGCCGUCCCAAGAGGUUCGUACCGAAAUCGUGGGAGCGCUGUCGGAAAUGAAUCUGCUUGCUUCGUCGUCGUCGUCGUCGUCGGGGCUGCACCCGGUCUCGAAGCUCCCCCCCACGGUCGACUUUUCGGCCGUUCACUGCCGUGUCCGCCACCCGAAGGCGCACCAGUUUGGGGAGGUUGUCAAGGGCAAGAACGAUCGGUACCCGGCAGACAAGACGGGCCUCCCGUGGAUCGAGGGAGGCCCGCAGAGGCGUUUUGCCCUCGAGACGGCCCACAAGGCGCUGGAAUGCGCCCGCGAAAUCGUCGGCACGGAGGUGGCAACGUCGCCGAAGCCUCCGAUCUACUUCUUGUCGGACUCAAACGACCUGGUCCGCCACGUUGCCGAAGAACUGGUGGACACGUCCCCCGGCGGGUACGUGGAACGACACCGAACCAACGAGAGCUGGAUYUACCCCCCGCUGCUGGARGUUGUCCGCGGCARUGGGGUCGAUGGCGAUGGCCCCGUCGUCGCCCGCAACACCACGCUCGAAAACGCGCACAUCGACAAGCAAAAGGGUCGGAAACCACCGGACUACUACGGAACCUUUGUCGAUCUGUACAUCGCUAUGAAGGCCCGCUGCGUCGUAUACGGCAUUGGCUUCUAUGCGGCCUUUGCGGCCAAGCUGUCCGGGACGRACUGCACGUAUCUGUACGCGGAGGAGACGUGGGGGCUGGAGAAGAAAAAAAGCGCAAGGGUGUGCCCGAACCACGGGCAGGAACAAAACGGAAUCGAAGCGUGACGAACCACGAGCCAAAUGACCUUUUACACAUCGUAUCCAUAGUGCGAUUUGUUUCAAAUUUUCUGGGUUGCCUCAAAAAAAUAUCUGCCAAAUCGAUAUUGGGGUUGCAAAAAUCACCUAGCACUAGGUUUAUGCCUCGGGCGAACAACUGUAGAGAAUCUUUAAAAAAUGGUUCAGCUUCUUGUUUCAUUCCUAAAGUAAGCCUUGCAAGAAAUCCUCGGCAAGAGCUUUGGCUAGAAGCGAAUAGACCUGGGGGCCUUAGAAUCCCUCCGAGGCUGCAUAUGAAUAGUAGAUGUAAAUAGAGUAUCCAAAUUGUU